CCCCCCCACUCAGCAAUGUGGGGAAAGGUGUUGAGCUGAAAUAUUUGCUGAUUGCUUGGGAGUCAAGAGCCUGUAAGAAAAAAUGGCAACCAGCAACAUGAUGGAUAACAUCACCAGCGAAAUUAUCUGCUCUAUCUGCCUGGACUUGUUCCAGGACCCCGUGGUCCUGGAGUGUGAGCACUACUUCUGCCGCUCCUGCAUCUCCCAGUUCUGGUCCAAGAUGAAGGGGGACACCUCGUGCCCGGAGUGCCGACAUGUCUCAGCCCGGAGACACCUGAAGUCUGUCCGUGUCCUGGCCAAUAUCGUGGAGCGUGUGCGGCUGCUGAUGCCAGGAGAUGAGGAGAAGGACAGUCUGUGCUGUCAGGAGCACGGCCAUGGCCUGGGUGAUCGGCUUAAGAUGUACUGCCAGGACGACCAGAAGGCCAUCUGUGUGGACUGCUGGAGCUCCAAGCACCAACUCCACAGAAUCAAACCCAUAAAGGAAGCCACCAGCUUCUACACGCAAAAGCUCAAAUUGUCUCUGGAGUCGCUGGAGCCAUGUCUGGCCGCGGCAGAGAAUGUUCGGCUGCAGGAGGAGGCGGACAUCAAAUCCAUCGAUAUGGUGUUUGAGGCUCUGAGCAGUGAAAUCCACGCGGAGUUUGAGAGGGUUCAUGUGUUCCUGUAUAAACGGGAGGAGCAGAUGCGAGAGGAGCUGCAGCGGGAAGUGACCCAGAGGCUGAAGACUCUGCACAGCUCCCUCCAGAGCACGACAGAGGAGGUGGCUGGCCUGAGGAGAACCAGACAGGAGAUCACUGCUCGUCUGACUAUGAGACCCCCAACCAUGCUCCAGGACAUUGAUGUCUUUCUCAGGCGGUGUGAGCUGCCGGUGCCAAGAUCAGCUGCCGCCCACACCACCAUUGCCGCUCUCCCUGCCCAUGUGCCACACGGAGACCUCAAGUUCCUCCAGGUGUGGGGGGAUCUGCGAGGCGUCUUCUCACCAGCUGUGACGCCAUUCACCUUUGAUCCUGACACUGCCCACCAUAACCUGGUGCUGAGCGAGGACCUGAUGGCUGUGCGGUGCAGUGAGGAGGGGCAGCAGUUGCCUGACCUGCCAGGCCGGUUCAACGUCAAGCUCUACGUCCUGGGCUCGCGAGGUUUCUCGUCGGGCCGCCAUUACUGGGAGGUGUCGGUCGGUGGCAAGACGGCCUGGGUUCUGGGCGUGUGCAAGGAGUCUGCGAGCCGCAAGGGAGACUUCCGGAGGAAGCCAGAGACGGGCUUUUGGCUGGUCUGUCUGUCUGGCGAGCAGACGUAUGCGGCUCUGGAUGCUGCCGGCACCGCGCUAUCCCUCACCAUCAAGCCCAGGAAGCUGGGCAUUCACCUGGACUAUGAGUGCGGAUGCAUUUCCUUCUACGAUGCUGACCUCUGCUGCCACCUCUACACCUUCACCGACUCCUUCACUGAGAGACUCUUCCCCAUCUUCUGCCCCAGCAACAACUACUCGGGACAGAACGAGGAGCCCCUCACCCUCUGCCUCUGAGGCAGGACCACAGGCAGCAGGUGAACCUAUUGGUGGGGGUGGCUUUAGGACAGUCCCAGCCUCCCUGCCAGCAUCAAAGAUGGCUACUUCGCUCUCCUCUCCUCACUGUUGGCUCUGUGCCGGCAUCAAAAGUGUCCAUCUCUCCUCCCACUCCCCUCACAGCCCAGGCUCUGCGAUGUUGGUGCCAUCCCAUCCUCCUCCUCACCAUGCAGGCUCAAUCGGAGUUGGAGUGGGGGGGGCCCUCUUUAAGGCUGGCACAGAGCCUAAGCGGUCGGGAGUAGAAGACUGUCAUCUUAAAAAAAUAAUAAUAAAUUGGUCACUUCAAUCCAUGACGGUUCAUGGGUUGCUGCUGUGUGCAAUUGGCUGCCGUGUUUCACCCACAAUGAAUAUAAUCAAUGCACUUUACAAUAUAUUCUGUGAAGCGCUUUGAGAUGUCUUGAAGACGUGAUAAGAUGCUUCACAGAAUGCAGGGAUUAUUAUUAUUAUUAUUAUUAUCUAUCUGCAGAUCACCACCCGUUAAAGAAGUGAACUGUAGAGUUGGGGGAAUGAGCCCACCCUUGCUACCCGCCCCUGCACUCCUGUGACUGGAAUCCAGUCCGGGAGCCUUGUCUGUGCAGAAAAGAGCAAAUAUUAGUAUUAUUAUGAGUCUAUUUAUAGCACCUGCAGUAUUGGUGUUUUUAUACUGGAUCUAAAUGUCAUGUUUUGGAAUUUGUAUUAAAGCUUGUUAACCUUUGUCAUUGCUAUGAAUGUUACGGAACCUGCACUUUGAUUAAAGUUGGAUU